AUGCCCGACGCAAUCAGCGUAUACGGCCUCACAGCCGUUUUCGCCUUGGCCACGGCCUUCCUCACCUCCACACCCGCCUACCCAAAGCCUCACCACGCACCCCUCCCCAUCCCGGUCUCCCAUGACUCCCAUUCCUACCACCGCCCUCGCCCAACGCAUCAACGCCUACGCCCCGAGCUCACCUUCCAGAACCCACCUACAACCAUUCCCUCCGCGUCUAUCAUUACGGCCUCGCCAUUGAAAGUACUGCUUCCCCGACUCCGCCGACUGGGACUUCACCGACGAGACAUACUGACUCCCGUUGCAUCCUCCACGGCAUCGGCACGACGGACAAGAACCUCGCGCAGGACCCGCCUAAGCUUCGAGUUCUACGGCGGGUGCCCGGCGUUGGAUAUCCUGCAGACGGGUAGGUCGAAUGGGACGACCGCACCGCGAGAGAUCAUCCGACAUCAGGACCUGUGCGCCGUAGGCAAAAUUACCGCGGUGGAACAAUCGUUGCAGUUGGCGACGAUCUUUGGUAGGUGGAACACUCCCCGGUGGAGAUGGAAGCUUUCCCCGUCAAAGACUUUGCUGGAACCCUGGCCUACCCCUACCCCUACCCCUACCCUACUCUCAGUAUACAUGUGGACAACCCGGCGUCGCGAUCACCACCAUGACGAUGACGAUGCAUCACCGGGGCAAGGGACGGGUUUCCCGCAAUCAACCAAGUGCGACCUGAUCUGCUCCAAAGUUUAA